AUGACGGGAAUUUGGAGAACCAAUUUGCGCCAUGUCAAUACUAUUUCGAGACAAUUCAGCACCAGUGGCACUGGCAUGAAGGAAAGCAUGACUCACUUUGGGUUCAAGACCGUUCCACAAGAGCAAAAGGAGCAGCUUGUCAGAGGAGUGUUUUCUUCUGUUGCGUCGAACUACGACAUCAUGAAUGACGUGAUGUCCAUGGGAAUACACAGGCUAUGGAAAAAGCAUUUCAUUGAAAAAUUAGACUGUGGAAUGAGGCCAAACUCGUCAGAACCGCUACAUUUCUUAGAUGUUGCCGGAGGCACAGGAGACAUUGCUUUUGGAUUGCUUGACCACGCAAGACUCAAGUACGGCGACAAUAAGUCCACUAUGGUGGUUGCUGACAUCAACCCUGACAUGCUCAAGGAAGGUGCCAAAAGAUGCCUCUCCACGCCAUACGCAAACUCCCCUAGAAUUCAAUUUUUAGAACAGAAUGGUGAAAAAAUGGACGCUAUAGAGGACAAUUCCAAAGAUGUGUACACCAUUGCAUUUGGAAUCCGGAAUUUCACAGAUAUCCAGGCGGGCUUGAAUACAGCAUACAGAGUGUUGAAGCCAGGCGGAAUUUUCGCAUGUCUGGAAUUUUCGCAAGUGGAUAACCAAAUGCUCGAUUACAUCUACCAGGCAUACUCGUUUUCCCUGCUACCACUGAUGGGCCAAUUGAUUGCCAAUGAUAGAGAUUCGUACCAGUACCUGGUCGAAAGUAUUCGCAAAUUCCCUAACCAGGAAACUUUCGCUAGUAUGAUCAGAGAGGCCGGCUUCUAUGUCCCAGGAAAGGGCUAUGAAAACCUCACCUUUGGCGUGGCUGCUAUCCACAUCGGGGUCAAGUUGUAA